AUGGCUGCUCCUGACAUCCCUAAAAAGCAAAAGGCCGUCGUCUUCGACCAGCCUGGCACAGUCUCGACCAAGGUCGUCGAAAUCGACGUCCCCGAGCCUGCCGCCGGCGAAGUCCUGAUUAAUCUGACGCACUCGGGCGUGUGCCACUCGGACUAUGGCAUCAUGACCAACACCUGGGCGAUGCUCCCAUUCCCAACCCAGCCAGGCCAAGUCGGCGGCCACGAGGGUGUGGGCAAGAUCGCCAAGCUCGGCCCGGGCUGCGAGUCGUCGGGCUUGAAAGUCGGCGAUCGCGUAGGUAUCAAGUGGAUUUCCAGCGCAUGCGGGCACUGCCAGCCCUGCCAGGCCGGCGCCGAUGGUCUGUGCUUCAACCAAAAGGUCUCCGGCUACUACACCCCCGGCACGUUCCAGCAGUACGCUCUGGGCCCCGCCAACUACGUGACCCCGAUCCCGGACGGGCUGGACUCGGCAGCUGCGGCACCAAUGCUCUGCGCUGGCGUGACCGUGUACUCUGCGCUGAACCGCAGCCAAGCACGCCCGGGCCAGUGGGUGGUCAUCUCCGGCGCCGGCGGCGGACUGGGUCACAUUGCCGUCCAACUCGCGAGCAAAGGCAUGGGUCUGCGCGUAAUUGGGAUUGACCACGGCAGCAAGGAAGACCUCGUCAAGUCCUCUGGCGCCGAGCACUUUGUCGACAUCACCAAGUUCCCUAGCGAAGACAACGGCAAGGCACUGCAGAAGCAUGUCCAGUCGCUAACCGACGGGCUGGGCGCCCACGCCGCAGUGGUGUGCACAGCUGCGAAUGCCGCGUAUGCACAGGCGCUGCCACUGCUGCGCUUUAAUGGAACGUUGGUCUGUGUGGGUAUCCCGGAGCAUGAGCCCAAGGCUAUUGCGACGGCGUUCCCGUCUAGCUUUAUCAAUAAACACUACACCAUCACAGGGUCCGCGGUUGGGAACCGUACGGAUGCUAUUAAGACCCUGGACUUUGCGGCAAGAGGCAUUAUCUCGGCUCAUUUCCGGACUGAGAAGAUGGAUGCUUUGACCGGGGUCUUCCAGGAGAUGGCCGAGGGUAAACUCCAGGGUCGUGUGGUGCUGGACUUGUCGGGUUGA